AUGAGUUCCACAGCCCCGACGCCGACGCCGACGACGACGCCGCCGCCGCCGCCAUCCUCGUCAUCGAUACCCCAGACCCUAUGGGACCUGCAGGUGCCGCUCUUCAUCACGUACGCCGGCGGUAGCGGAGAGGGCGGCGGCGGCGGCGAGGGCGGCGGCAAAACGCUCCCUUUCGUCGCGUCGGUGCCGCGCUUCAGCUACCUCGCCCUGCUGCUCCCGCGCCUGUCCGCCUUCUUCGGCCGCCCCUGCUCGAGCUUCCACCACGAGGACGUGCUGCUCCGCAACCUGGCCGUCGGCCUGCUCGUCGACCUCUACCAGCCCCGCCUGCCCUGGCGCCUGACCGUGAGCGACGGCGUCAGCUGGGACAUCGGCGACACCUUCCUGAACAGCGCCAAGGAGGCGGACUUCGUGCGUAACGGCAACGCGCACCAGAUCAUGUCGCUAUCCAAGGAGCACACCACCGCGCUCUGGAACGCGGUGCAAGACAACGAUUAUGCCGCCUUCUCCAAGAUUAAUACUCGCCUGCUCAAUACCUCGCGCGAGUUGCGCAACGUGCCCAUCCGCAUCUACAUCCCGCAGUCGCAGCCGUCCGCCGGGUCCGAGGGCGGUGGCGCCCAGGCGGGCUCUUUCAAAGUCGUCCAGUCCCUGCUGCAACCACGCGCUAGCGAGCGCGUCCCUCAGACCCUCGGCGCGGCGCUCCGCGGCCUGAUGCCCCGCCUGUUCCCAAGCAGCCGGGACCCGGUGCUCGCGGAUAUCGUGUUGCACGGCGCGCGGGUUCCCUUCGCCACCCCGCUCGAGGAGCUCAUGCGCGAAGCCGCCUACCCGGAUGGCUGGCUCUGCCUCGUCGUCCAGCCGCUCGACGUAUAG